CCACCUUCCCACAGAGAGUGAGGGAUAAAAAGACAGUACACGUGUCCUUGGGUAAUGCCAUUUCUUGCCUCUGAUAGAGUUUCAGUUUUCCCUCCUUCUCUCUCUCCCGUUCCCUCCACACUCUCCUCCCCUUGCUUCAUCACCAUCAUCCUCCUCGCCUUCUACUUCUUCUUCCCUCUCUCUUUUAAGAGUGUGUGUGUGUGUGUGUGUGAGAGGGAGAGAGGUGUGUGAGUGUGCUUCGAAGCGCUUGGGGAUAGUUCGUACUCCGCACCCGUCGACGUCGUCAUGGUGCAUAAUUGUUGAAAGAUUCUGCGACGAAGAUGCAAGGUUGCACGUGGCAUUUGUCCGUCUCCGCUCCUUCUUCCACCUCUUACAUAGGGAGCCACUGCCCGCUGCUCUGCUCCCCUCGAUCCUCUCCCGCCAAGAUCCCUUCGAUUCGGCCGUCGCUGCCGGGCGUCCGAUUCCUUCUAGGGAGAGCUAGGAAUACAUUGAGGUCAGAUUUGGUUCGGAAAAGAUUGAGAAUUCAAGGAUACAAUGCCAACGUUGGAGUUGGUAGUUUUGGUGCAGAUGACAAACAAGACGACCAGGAAAUCUCUGGAAGACCAGUCUCAGAUGAUUUAGCAAAAGAUGGAAAAUCUAAUAGAUCACCCAUCCCCUUAUAUCUGGCUGGCUUGCUGGUGGGAGCCUCUCUGAUUGGCUCAGCUGCAGCGUUUAUGAAAGCUGGCCCUUCUGCAUUGAUGUCUGCAGUAGCAAAGUCAGGAUUUACUGCAGCAUUCACAUUGAUAUUUGUUUCAGAGAUUGGUGAUAAAACAUUUUUCAUUGCAGCUCUUCUGGCGAUGCAAUACAGGAAAGGGCUGGUCCUAUUAGGAUCAAUGCUUGCACUCUCACUUAUGACAGUACUUUCUGUGGUGAUUGGUCUAAUUUUUCAUUCAGUACCAGCCCAGUUUCAGACAACUCUGCCAAUAGGUGAAUUUGCUGCAAUAGCUCUUCUGUUGUUUUUUGGUGUCACAUCCAUUAAAAAUGCGUGGGAGCUUCCAUCUGAUGUUGUAAAGAGGACGGGCAAUGAUUCCCCUGAACUGGGAGAGUUUGUUGAAGCAGAGGAGCUAGUGAAAGAAAAGGUGGCAAAGAGGUUGACAAAUCCAUUUGAGAUUGUGUGGAAGUCCUUCAGCCUCGUUUUUUUUGCGGAGUGGGGUGACAGGUCAAUGCUGGCCACCAUAGCACUGGGUGCAGCACAGUCCCCCUGGGGUGUGGCUAGUGGAGCCAUUGCUGGACAUCUAGUUGCAACAUCACUGGCAGUUGUUGGAGGAGCAUUUCUUGCCAAUUAUAUUUCAGAGAAGCUGGUUGGCUAUUUGGGCGGAGGAUUGUUCCUCGGUUUUGCUGUAGCAACACUCAUGGGAGUCUUCUGAGUUUAUUGGAUCAAUUCCAGUCAUCGAGGUUUUGGAGAUUUAACUUUCCUUAGUAGAGCGCACAAUGAUGUCCACUGGUAGAUGUGCAUCAGAAUGUCCAUCCAGUGCAAAAUGUUGUUCACUACUUGUAGCUCACACAUCAACUAGGUUUUCGAGAGCAUGAUUCAAAGAUCUCAAUUCCCAGUUUCUGAUUUUUAAAGGCAGCAGUUUUGGCUCUUCUUUUCCGUAUAAAAUGUAAUCUGUAUAUUCACGAGAACAAUUGCUGCUCUGUUAAGUAGAAAUUUGCUUGUUUAAUAUUCAGGCAUGUAGUGAUGUAGGUGCUAUGUUA